AAGGUGGUAUUUUGAGUGAAUGACUAAUUUUGAUAUUUACUUAGCUCAAUUCUUUUGACUGCAUUCCCAAAUGCGUUGCUUCUAGUCGAAUCUGCUAUGGCCAGUGGAGCUUUUAUUGGAAAGUGCUCAUUCACUCAUGCUGUAGAUGAAUGUCAUUCACAAAAAAACGUUUUUAGACGACAUCUCACCGAUACCAUUGGAUUAUUUGAAAUCAAUUGGAGCAUUUCCAAUCACACAAUUGAUGGAAUUAGAUGAAAAACAGUUCACUGGACAAUUCAUCUCGUCCACUAUUUUGACAACGAAAUCAAUUCAAUCAAACAAUUCACAAGUGAGAUUUAUUAAAACAAACGACGAAAUAAGACGAUCUGUUCGUGCUUUACCCCCUCAAUCAAAUUGUGGUAUCGAUUUAAAGGCAUUUGCAACUGACGCUGAAUUAAGAAAAUGGUUUGAAUUAUUAUUGGCAUUGGCUUGUGAUGGCGAUGAAAAAUCGAACGAGUCAACAAUAUGCGAAGAAGCAUCAAAAGCUCUUGUUUACAUCAUCGACCAAAAGACAUCGUCAUUCGCCGAAAAAUUAUCUUUUAUCGAUAAAUAUAUCUUCGAAAAUAAACAUCCUGCAUUAAUCGAGCAAUUCUUUAUAGAACUGAAUGAAAAAGUAACAUUACUAAGCUGGAUUGAAGUUAUGUGCGACGACGACGAUAGCAAGCCAGAUAAAGCAACAUCAUAUAAAAUAUCGUAA